AUGCCGCCGAAGCGUGCCGCGCUCCCCACCAAGGAGCGCACGCUCUUCCAGCGGCUCAUCCAGGAAUACGAGACCAAAAAGUACAAGCUCGGCCUCAAGACCGCCGACACCAUCCUCAAGAAGUUCCCGGACCAUGGCGAGACGGUGGCCAUGAAGGGUCUUCUGCUCGGCUCGACCAACCGGCGCGAGGAGGGCAUCGAGCUGGCGAAACGAGGUGUCCGCCUCGACCUCACCUCAUUCAUCUGCUGGCACGCGCUGGGCAUAUUGCAUCGACAGGAUCGGAAUUUUGAGGAGGCGAUAAAGUGCUACACUCAAGCACUGAGGAUUGAAGGUGGGGGGAAUGUGAACUUGCUCAGAGAGUCGGCGUUCUUGCAGCUGCAGUUGCGGAACUACCCGCCGAUGGUGGAGAACAGGCUGACGCUGUUGCGCAUGCAACCGCAUCUCAGGAUGAACUGGAUCGGCCUGGCCGUCGCGCACCAUUUGGCAGGGUCGUUGGAUGCAGCGGUGAGGGUGCUCGAGGGGUACGAGAACGUGAUGCGCGACAUCCCGGAUCGCAACUACGAGCACAGCGAGGUGUUGCUCUACCACGCGAGCAUCUUGGAGGAGCAGUCGAGGUUUCAGGAUGCGCUAGAUGAGAUCGAGAACGGUAACGAGCGGAUCGUGGACCUGCGCGGCAAGCAGGAGGCGCAAGCAAGAUGUCUCGCCGGGCUGGGCAAGAAGGACGAGGCGGAAGCAAUCUGGAGACAGCUGAUCAAGUCGAACCCGGAAAACAAGCGAUACUUUGCCGGCCUGCUGAGUCUGCUCGGCAUCACAGAGGGCUCGUCGACCGACAGCAAGGCAGUUGAGAUCUUCAAAGGUUUGCAAGCGGACCACCCCAAAUCGACUGCUGCCAAGCGUCUCGCGCUCAUUCACACCACAGGCGACGACUUCAAGACCCAGGCUACCGCCUACGCCAAGUCUGCACUCAUCAAAGGCGUCCCCUCGCUCUUCUCCGAUCUCAAAAGUCUCUAUUCCGACGCCGCCAAGCUCGCCGCGCUGGAAGAAAUUGUCGAAACCCUCCGUCUAGAAUGGGCACCCGCCACCUCCGCACCGACCGACGGCACCGACCCACCCACAUCCUACCUCUGGUCGCUCUACUACCUCUCUCAGCACUACUCGCUCACAGGCUCCUCCGAAAAGGCGCUGCACUACAUCGACUCGGCCAUCUCGCACUCGUCCACCCUGCCGGAGCUGCACAUGGUUCGCGCACGAAUCCUCAAACGAGCGGGCGACACCCUCUCCGCCUCCUCGGCCAUGUCCGAUGCCCGCCUCCUCGACGGCCAAGACCGCUUCCUGAACAGCAAAUCGGCCAAAUACCUGCUGCGCUCCAACGACACAGUUGAAGCAGAACGCAUCGUAGGGCUCUUCACCAAGCCAGACGCGCCAUCACCCACGUACGAUCUGAACGAGAUGCAAGCCCUGUGGUACCUCGUGGAGGAAGCAGAGGCCCACCUGCGCACGUCGAACUGGGCCAUGGCGCUGAAACGCGUCGAGCAGCUCCAAAAGGUCUUCCAAGAAUUCUGGGACGAUCAAUUGGACUUCCACUCGUACUGCAUGAGGAAGAUGACUCUCCGCAGCUAUGUUGGGAUGGUGCGGUUCGAGGAUGGGUUGCGGUCGCAUCCGGCCUACGUUCGAGCGGCAAAGGCGGCGGUGGCUAUCUACACCAAGUUGCACGACGAGCCGAGUACCGCACCGUUCGUGGCGAAGGAGGAGGAGGAGGAUCCGGCGUUGGCUGGGUUGAGCGAGAGCGAGAAGAAGAAGCUGCUGAAGAAACAGAGGCAGGCAGAAGCCAAGCGGUUGGCGAAAGCGGAGAGUGAGGCAGCAGAGAAGAAGAAGAAGGCGGAGGAGGCGGCUGCCAAUGGGGACGCUGUGGAGGACGAAGGGCCCAAGCCGGAUCUCGAUCCCCAGGGACUGGAGAUUUUCAAGACCACCCUAGAGAACGGACCGCUGAAGGCAGCGGAAAAGUGGUUGCGCUUCCUCCAGGCUAACGCCGCAGACCGCACAGAAACGUGGGAGGCGACAUUCGAAGUGGCCAUCCGACAGAAGAACUGGUUGUUGGCGACACGGGCGGUGGUGGCGCUGCACAAGCUGGGCGGGGAGGUGACGGAGGAGGUCGUGAGGUUGAAGACGAGGUUGCCGGAUCUCAAGGCUGCACCGAAGCCUAUUGGGAGUGUCAUCUCGGCUGCUCUGGGGCAGGUGAUCCCCGCCGACAAGCCCGUUGCGACAUUCUUCGCGGAGGCGCUGCAGAGGUCGGCAGCUUCGACGCCGAAGGGCAUGCUGGGCAACGCAAAAGCGGCUCUGGCGCUCGAUCGGAAGGACGAGGCGGUGGGGCUGCUGCUCAACCUUCCCGCCACUGUCGAGGCUUUUACUGGGCCGCGGGCCAAGAACGUCGCGCUCAAAACGACCGUCGAAGCGCGGGCCCUGCUGGCCAAGCUGGACGCAUCAAGUGUCGCUGAGUUCGACGAGAAGGCGAGAGCAGUCUUCCCGCUCGCCAACGCGUUCAAGUCGGAAGCGACGCUGGAGGAGGAGAGGAAGGCGAGAGACGAGAAGCGGGAGAAGUGGGCGAAGGGCGUCGAGCAGAAGAGCGAAGAAGGCGCCGCGAACGGAGAGGCGGCGAAAGAGCCGCUCAUGUAG